GCUUGUUCAACCUAAUAGCAAUUUCUGCGAAGGAUGAUACCACCUAGCAAACACAUCACUGACAUUAAUAUAUACUGAGAAUAGUAUUUGGAACUGUACCAGGUUAGCUAAUCGAUUCUAACGAUCGAGGAAUCCUCUUGCUUGAGCCAACUAACUAUAUAAUCACCAAUGUUUAGAAAGCAGUGAGCAUACCAGGCAGCGCAUACAACGCUUGAUGAAUCAGGAAUUCAGGAUGGCCUCUCAGGUGUCAUUUCUGCUUGGUCUUUCCUAUGUCCUCGCCGCAUGGAUCUACUCCGAAAUCCUGGGAUACAGGGAAUCUUUAUCUCAUGAAAAAGUCCACUCGGAUGCUCACUUGGAUAACGAAACCAUCAAACAAGAUGACAAGGCAGUACUACUUGAAGGAGGCCAUGGCCAGUCGAAACCACCAUCAUCUACAAAGUUCCGCAACAUGUCUACCAAAGCAAAUUUAAUACGGUUUAUAACAUUGGACGAGUCUUUUCUGCUUCAAAACCGUGCUGUACUGAGAGCCAUGGCUGAAUUUGGCAUUAUUAUGGUUUACUUUUACAUCUGUGAUCGGACAAACAUAUUUCCAGAAAGCAAGAAGAGCUACAACCGUGACCUGUUUCUGUUUUUAUACAUUCUUCUCAUCAUAGCAUCAACACUUACUUCACUUACGAAGCACCAUGAAAAAUCAGCAAUUUCAGGAAAGUCCAUUCUCUAUCUUAAUCGCCACCAAACUGAUGAAUGGAGAGGGUGGAUGCAGGUCUUAUUUCUGAUGUACCACUAUUUCGCUGCCUCAGAAAUAUACAAUGCAAUUCGUGUGUUCAUUGCUGCCUAUGUCUGGAUGACUGGAUUUGGGAAUUUCUCCUAUUACUAUAACAAGAAAGAUUUUAGUAUUGCAAGAUUUGCUCAGAUGAUGUGGAGGGUAAAUUUCUUUGCGGCAUUCUGUUGCAUUGUCCUUUACAAUGAUUACAUGCUGUAUUAUAUCUCUCCAAUGCACACUCUAUUUACUCUUAUGGUAUACGGAUCACUUUGUCUUUUUAAUAAGUACAAUGGGAUACCAUCAGUCAUGGCUAUUAAGAUUGCUUUCUGCUUCUUGACUGUCAUUUUGAUAUGGGAAAUUCCUGGGGUAUUUGAAAUUUUGUGGGCGCCAUUUACAUUUCUGAUAGGCUAUAAAAAUCCAGAGCCUUCUAAGGUAAACUUACCCCUGUUACACGAGUGGCAUUUCCGUUCUGGCCUUGAUCGAUACAUAUGGAUCUUUGGAAUGAUUUAUGCUUACUUGCAUCCUAAUGUUGAAAGAUGGAUGGAGAAGCUGGAAGAAUCUGAGACUAAGGUUAGAUUGUCAAUCAAGGGAACCAUUGUGACAAUUUCCUUGAUGGCUGGCUAUCUGUGGUACGAAUAUAUCUACAAGCUAGACAAACUUACAUACAACAAGUACCAUCCCUACACAUCGUGGAUUCCUAUAACUGUUUAUAUCUGCCUACGCAAUUGCACCCAGCAGUUGAGGAGUUCCUCUUUGGCGCUUUUUGUUUGGCUUGGCAAAAUCACAAUGGAGACUUAUAUUUCUCAAUACCACAUAUGGCUCAGGUCUGGUAUUCCAAAUGGACAGCCAAAGUUACUUCUAUGUUUCAUACCAAAUUAUCCAUUGCUUAACUUCAUGCUUACUACAACGAUAUAUCUUUUGCUAUCAUACCGGAUGUUUAAGCUCACAAACGUACUGAAGGAGGCUUUCAUUCCCACUAAGGAUAACAAUGGUCUAUAUCAAAAUUUUAUUGCUGGGAUCGUCAUCUUUGUGUGCCUCUAUUGCUGCUCACUUGUUCUUCUGAAAAUUCCUAUUGUUUAGGUAAACACCUGGAACCUACAAUAGUUGAAGUUAUCUACUCUGUCUUGAGCUAUGUGUUUCAUGUAACUCAACUCAGAUAGCACAUUGUAUCUCCGGGAAUGAAGAAAUUUCCAAGUAAAUGAACUUGACAGUUGGUUGCUUUUGCAACAUGUUUAGUUGAUAGGAUGUUCAACUCUGUCCUCAAUUCCUUUUCAUAGUUGGAGACAGUUGAAUUGCAUGAAGAAACUGCUCAUUUGCUCAUGUAGAAUAUUGCAUUACCAGAGGAUGCCGAUAUAGGGGGUCCAUUUUCAUAUGUUGUGAAAUCGUAGUUAGUGGCGGAGCCAGGAAAUUCAGAGAGCCUAGGCAAACUUUUAAUAAUAAAAAUAACUAAUUAAA